UUCCUCGUUCGCAACUCGAGCUGUUAGGACGUCCAGUUCGAUUGGUGGAGCACCACCACCAAGUUUUCGACCCAAGUGAUCCAAGUGUGUGUGCAAGACAGAGGCUACUCUUCGAACUUGAACCAUUCAAUUUUCGCCAAGGGUCACCAACACGCAGUGGACUCGCUACCAACUUAAGAUCGCAUCGACGCACCAAACCCACGAUGUCCGGAGGAAGUCGCCCUCUCCAAUUAGUGCUCCUGGCGCUAGUUGCGCUCGCCCAAUGGCAACCCAUCGGUGCUGGACCAGUCUCCAACGAGGAGCUGCGCGGAACGAUUCAGUCGCUGAUCUACUCCUACAACCAGCUGGACAAUAAGCUGGAGCGGCACGAGCAUCGCGAGCGUGCGUUGGGCGAGCUGCUCAAGAAGGCGCUGCAGUCGCUCCAGAAGGGCCAGAAAAGCCUGGAGCCCAUCAAUGGGAUCUUCGGGCGCCUGGACGAGCGCGUCAGCCAGAUAGAGACCAUGCUGAUCACGCAAGAGGAGAAGUACAACUCGCAGUCGGACCGCUUCAACCAGGCCACGGAGCACAUGUUUAAAUGGAUGCGGGAGAACGACGAGUGCUUCAAGAGGCCGCCGGUCAGCGCCAACCUGAUCGCUCCCCCAGCCGCGCCCGCCCCACCCGCCAUUCCGAAGGAGUUCCUGGAGGAUCAGAAGCGCCUCAACGCCAAGCUGCUCGAGGAGAUCCAGAAGUUGUCGGCCAGCGUGGCCGCCCUCAAGGAGAGCAGCCAGAAGGCGGCCGACCAGACACAGAAGCGCCUCGAGAGUCUGCCCAAGGCACCGGAGCUGCUGUCCCAGAUCGAGGCCAAGCUGCAGGAGCACGCGGCCAGCGUGACCACCGCCGCUCCUCCGAAGAACGCUGAGUUCGAGGCCCAACUUUUGGAGCGCCUCACCACGCUGGGCGGCAAGGUAAGCGCGCUGAGCGAGACUGUGCAGCGUCCAGCUGCUCCGCUUGACCUGAGCGAGAAGGAUCGCGCCUACAUCCAGGAACUGAACAACGAUACCCUGAAUGCGCUGGCGCAGCUGAAGAGCGAGUCCUCGGUGGUUCAGAAGUCAGCUGCGACGGAGGCCACGGAGCGACUGCAGCAGGCGGAGGCCAACAUCCAGGCGGACGUUCGCCAGCUGUCCGCGGACGUGGACAUCCUCAACAAGCACUUCGCCUCGACGAACGAGAGCAAUGCCAAGCUGAACGAGGGCCUGGAGGCGCUCGGCAAGUUCAACAACAUCAUGAUGACCAACUCGGAGGUCGUGCUGGACACGCAGCGCAAGGUGGACUUCGGCACACUGAACGUGGUGCAGCGGGUGGGCAAGCUGCUGGCGGAGGAAAUGGCCACGCUGAGCGGGCUGCUGAAGGAGCGCUUCUCGUCGCUGGACGGCGCGGUGGUCAGCAUCCAACAGGAGGCGAACAAGAACAUCAGCGGACUGCUGGAAACGGAGCUGAACCAGGUGUGGCACCGCAUCGAGAUCAUGGCCGGCGAGAUCAGCCAGAGCCGGCUGAUGCUCGGAGAGAUCCAGUCCGCUUCCGAUGGCUACAACAACAGCACUCUCAUCACCAUGAUGGGUCUCGGCAGCCGCGUGGAGGAGACCAAGAAGCACAUGAUCGACAUGGACGAGAACCUCAACUAUCUGCUGGGCAAGCUGUCGCUCAUGUCCACCGAGUUCGCCAGCAUCAAGAAGGGCCUGGCCGACUCCCUCGAGGAUCUGCGCAACUCCUUCCACGGCCUCCACGAGCGGAUGCCCACGGGUCCCGGUCCGCACAACAUCGACAAGAACACGUAUCUGACCGACGUCAAUCUCCUGUCCAAGCGCCACGCUGAGGCCGGCCGGGAGUAGAGCGGCGGAGCGUCGGAGAUGAAACUUGAACGGAAAGCAAUACAAUACUUCUAACCAUAGCGCUUAAGUCUGCCCACUUACAUAUACUCAUCUAGUUGCGCCUUGCAAAACUCAAUAAAGAUCGAAUAUUAUGUACCAGA